AUCGACAUCCCAAUUCCCUACCUACGAAUCCCCCGCUCCACACCGUCGCCGCCGUCGAAAUGUCGGCGAUGGGAUACGACCAGGGCCUGUCUACCCACGGCGCCUCCUGGCCGCAGCGAUCCGACUACGAUCCAUACUCCUACGCUUACUCCCACCACAUCGUCGCUGCCGCCGCCUCCUACCACCAGCCGCCCCCACCGGGAACAGAGCAUGCUGCUCCCACAUCCGCCGCCUCGUCAUGGUCGUCCGCAGCAGGAGCAUCGAACAACGUCGUAGUGGGCGGGCCAGGCGCGAACCCUCUAACCGUUUCCGCACUGUCACAGCCGACCAUCUUCGCCGCCUCGAUCGGGUGGUCCGGGCACGGUGUAGGACACCUUCCGUACUACGACCCGCAGUACCCGCCGGCGCAGCAUCCCACAGCGGUCGGGGGUGUAAGCAGAGGUGGUGAGCCUUCGCAUGGUGGGGGCAGAGGUCUAAGCCCUAUGUAUCAUCCUCUUACAUGGAAUGCAGGAAUUACAUCACCAUGUGGUAGAGGACGAGGGCAUGGAAACAAGAGCAGUGAUAGGCAGUUAGCCCUUGGAGCAUCCAGUGGAUCAUCUGCAUCAGAGGCUCAGCCCGGAACAGUGUGUGCACCAGCACAUGUGGUGCAAGCUACAACCAUCAAUUUCACACGGGGUACUGUAGUUCCAGCUGCUUGGUGUGAUCUAUGCCGAGUGGGGUGUAAUAGCAAGGAAAUCCUCGAGCAGCACAAAAAUGGAAAGAAGCAUAAACGGACUGUGCAGAGAAUGCAAAAUUUUGCUCGCCUGCAAGGUAUGACUCCAGCUAUAGCUGACAUGGGUGCCCGUUCAUCAACAUCUUCUCAGUUGGCUGAAGUAGAAGGCCCCUGCCCCUCUAAUGCAGUACAUAUGGUCCCAUCGAUUGGUUCAACCAGCUUUGGUGGAGAGCACAAAGACUUGGCUACUGAAAAUGUUGUAGCUUCAGUUUCUGGAGUGCAAAUUACUGAGGUGACAUGCAGUUCUUCCAAGCAAAACACAGCACAUCAUACAACAGCAGUUGGUCACAGUGUCCAAGCACACGUAGAACUGCAUGUUGCGGUUCAAGCUUAUCAGCCUUCGAACGAGAUGAAAGAUGGCGGUGAAGCUGCACCAAAUGCAACAGUUCCAUCAAAUGCGCAACUGGUGGAAGCAAGGAUGGAUGUCAAUGGCAACAAGACUGGCCCAAAGAGGAAACGGACAAGAGUCGGCCGUGGGGGAAAGAAGCUGAGAGUGUCUGAAGCCCGACGUCAAAGGCCUGAGCGAGUAAGGGAGCAACCGCUAGUCUGCAACAUUUGCAACGUGACUUGUGAUACAAGAGCUGUAUUUGACAUCCAUCUAGGUGGCAAAAAGCAUCAAUCACGACUCAAGCGCUCUCAAGGCCCAGAUAUGUUGUUCGGUCCUUUGGUUGCGCGUGUUCCUCCAAACCAGUCAGCAGCACACAUGACAGGAGCUCUUGAACCACUGUACCAUGGCUUGGGAGCUCCUUUGGUUGAGCAGGAGCCACAUCUGGCUGGCACGAUGCAGCACGCUUUCCCCGUUCUUCCACAGGCUGCUCCAACCAUUCACGGCUGCUGAUUAUCCUGCACAACCGGUGACUGCAGCAAUCAGUGCUGCUAGCAAUGGAAGACCUGUAAACUGCAUCACUGCGUACAGCCACUGGGCAAAGCUGAAGUGAAAUAGGCGUAUCCACAUGUGCCCCCCGCCUGCUGUCUGUACUGCCUCACAAAUUUCAGUACUUGUCGGUGGAGACUGGAGAUGGAGAGCAGCCUGUAGUAGUAGUACUGAACAAACUGAAUGUCAGAUGUAACCAUAGAACCUACGUCUCCUAGUUUCUGCAAAAUGCACAAAGUUUCCGUUUCUACAGACAUGCGUUCAACAUCCACCGAGUUGCUGGUAGUACAAUCAUAGAACAGUUUGGUUGACAUAGACUUGGUGUUGGUGUUAUGCAAUGGUGUAUGCAUGGCUGCAAAACAGUUUUUAAGGUCAGCCUCCACGGCUCCACGGGAAGUUUUAUGACAUAAUUAUCAAAACUGUCAUAUUA